AUGGUGCUGGAAGGCCUUGAUAUUAGUCAAAAGUUUCUUGAUGAUGUCUCGCUGCGUUACAAAGAUGAUAUUAUGACACGGGCUAUUACCGUUAUUAGCCUUGGGCAACUGCAACCGGAGCGACGCGAAGGGACCGAACACUUCGUCCUUGGAGACGCCAUUCGUUUACUGCCUGCACACUGCCAAGUUCUUGUCGAUCCUAGAAGACCUUCUUCCGUCCCUGACUAUUACCCUCACUUCAGGACUUUGCCAGUAUGGGAGGACAUUGUGGGACCCCAUGAGAUGGUCGGUAUGCUUCAUCAGGACAUUCCCACCUCAAUGAAACGCCACAGAAAUCAUGCACUAGAUGAGGAGCCGGAGACAGUACCUUUUGGUACUGACCUGUAUAUUCGUCCUCGGUUGACCAAACCAUUCUUUGAAUUCUUUGCCGAUGGGUUUGUCUUGGACCCAGACAGCGUCAAACGGGAAAGAUUGAACUUCUAUCCGGGUUACGCUGGUCCCAAGGGUCUGACCAGAGCUGUGCUCUCGCUACUGAAGCAACGCAAAGAGCUCUUUGACAAACGCGUGGAGGAAUGGAGCGAUCAUAUGUGUGUUUGGCGGUGUCAGCGCCGUAAAUGGGAAUUGGCUCUUCUCGAAAAUGAAUGGAUACACAAAGAACAAAGCAUUAUCCUGCCGCGGGGAUUCGGUAUCGACAACCUCGUUGAUGCCCGCCGACACAUCGAGAUCGAAAAGGCCAAGGAACGCGCAGGUUUGAUUUCACCUUUCGAGAUUGGACUGCGUGAAAGGGAGAAGACUCAGCCCUAUGACGAGGUCAUUAAGGAAAUGGCUGAUCUCACUGCAGCUAUCAAGGAGACUGAAGAUAAUCUGGCCUGA